AUGUCUUCACAUACCGGCGAUAAUAUUGAUCAAAAUGAAUUACCAGAACAGAGCGAGCAGUCGCUACCCGACACAAACCAGCAAUCACUAAUAAUCAACACAUCUGUAGAUAGCCAAACUUGUCAACUAGAAGAAAUUAGCCCCAUAAGGAGACGUCCCUCCUUACGACAUUCUGUAAUUAAUGAAUCACAAAUUCAGGAGAACGAUAUACUUCACAUACAGGAGACAAACACGUCAUCGCAAAACCAAAAACAACAAAAGCAAGGUACUGUCGACUUCGUCCAUGAUCAUAACGUCAAACGAUCAACUUCCCUCUCUCGGAGAUUUAGCAUGUCAUUAAACAGACGGAAGGAUAGCAUCCGACACGCAGCAAAGCAACUCAGUGUUCUCAUAACGGGCAAUGCAGAGAAAAGUGAUGGUAGACAUUUAAUAAUAAGCCCGGAUCGUAAGGGACCACUGAUAGAUCCACACACGAAUAAACCAUAUAUCAAGAAUUCGAUAACAACGUCUAGAUACACUAUCUGGAACUUUCUUCCAAACCAACUUUAUGCCCAGUUUUCGAAAGUAGCCAAUCUUUAUUUCUUGUUCGUUGCAGCUCUACAAAUGGUUCCCGGAUGGUCGCCAACAGGUCAAUACACCACAAUUAUACCAUUGACUGUGUUCAUGUCCAUUGCCAUGCUUCAUGAGGGUUUUGAUGACUUGCGUCGGCACAAGCAGGAUGCUGUCGAAAAUAACAAAAUUUGCUCAGUCUUACGCACCUACAAGUCUAACGAUGCAUCGGGUCAACUGAUUGGUGUUUGGACAAAAAAGAAAUGGAAAGAUUUGAUGGUUGGCGAUUUCGUCUCUGUUAAAGCACAAGAAUGGAUACCAGCAGAUUUGCUAUUAUUGCAUUCGAAAGGGGAAGAGGGUAUAUGUUAUGUUGAAACUGCCGCAUUGGAUGGUGAGACCAAUUUAAAACAAAGACAAGCUCUUGACAUCACCAACAACAUGUUAACGUCACCUGAAGCAUUGGUUGAUUUUUCGGCAACGAUAAAUACGGAAAAUCCAAAUCAGGAUUUGUACAACUUUGACGGAUCAAUUGAGUUGAACGGUGAAAAGACUCCUUUGACUACAAACCAAGUCCUGCUCCGUGGUACCAUACUACGUAACACAGCCGAAGUAUACGGUCUCGUGAUCUUCACCGGAGAGGAGACAAAAGUCAGGAUGAAUGCAUCGAAAAACAUACGUACUAAAGCACCGGCUAUUCAGAGAUUGAUGAACAGAGUAGUCAUUCUUAUAUUUAUUUUUGUCCUGUUACUAUCAGCAGCAUUUACAACCAUGGCAUUCGUAUGGGAUAAACAUGUGCGCCCGGAGGCUCCUUAUUUGCCGCCAAGUCGACCAUUCACCACAUCCCUCUUUGGCUUUAUCAUUCUCUUUAAUACUAUGAUUCCAAUAUCAUUAUAUGUUACUAUGGAAAUAGUUAAAUUGGCACAGGCUUAUUUCAUCAAUAAUGAUUUGGAAAUGUACCACGAAGAAUCAGACACUCCAGCUGAGGCUCGUACUUCAACUAUUAACGAAGAUUUAGGACAAGUUAAAUAUAUAUUCUCUGACAAGACGGGUACUCUUACCGAUAAUAUUAUGCUGUUCCGAAAGAUUAGUGUAGGAGGCAGAGCAUUUAUUCAUGAUUUGGAUAUCAGGAGAAUAGAAGAAGAAGACUUGCUCAAGUUGAUGUCACCACAGCAAAAAAAGAAACGCCAUAGAUUCUCUCUGGCGUCAGCUCAUCACAAAAGUCAUUCUCAUGAAAGGAGUCAAUCGGGAGAUAAUGGGGAUGAAAUUACUCCGGAAAAGGGACAUAAGCGAAGUGAUUCGGUUCGCAGUAACAACUUCUCCAUGAUUGCACCUACAUCUACUCCACGUUCUCCCAUAUAUCGGCAUAAUUCUUUAUCAGGAGAGUCUGUAAAAGCAAAGAAGCGCGCUAGUCAGAGUAUCAGGUCUACGCUCGAUCUACUUACUAUUAUUCAGCAUCAAGGUCAUACGCCAUUUGGCGAGCGUGCAAAAUUCUUCUUAUUAGCGAUAGCUUUGUGUCAUACUUGUGUACCCGAGUUUGACGAGGAUACUGGCGAUCUAUUUUAUCAAGCGGCCUCCCCUGAUGAAUAUGCACUGGUUACUGCGGCUAAGGAAUUGGGAUACAUAGUAAUGGAUAGAUCCAUGGGUUCCGUGUCUUUACGGAUAAAUAACGAUGGACUGGUCGGACCAAUAGAUGCAGACGCUAACAGAAAUUUUGUCUACGAGACAUAUACUAUUUUAAACGUUAUCGAGUUCUCUAGUAAACGGAAGAGAAUGUCAAUUAUAUAUAGAAUGCCAGAUGGAAGAAUAUGUAUUUUGUGCAAAGGAGCCGAUUCAGUCAUAUUCGAGCGUCUACGAAAUCCAAAGAAGAGCAGACGUUCGUAUUAUGAUAGAAAAGAAAAAUUUACGUAUAGCAGUGAAGAUAAAUUCAGCUCAAGUGAUCUCUUUUCAAAAGGUAAACUCAAGAUAGAUACUACAGUUGGUUCGAGUACGUCUUGCAGCAAAGUAUCAUCUUCACCUAUCACACCGUCAUCCAUCUCGACUAUCGUACUAGAGCGCAAACACAGCAUCAAGACUAUCGACUCGGAUGAUUCGAGCCGAUCUGGUAUACUCGAUUUAUUUCCCAUGUACGAUGACACUUGGCUAUAUAGUCAGACAAUGUUUCACAUACAAGAUUUUGCCACCGAAGGCUUACGUACUCUACUCUAUGGGCAUCGGUACAUAACAGAGGCUGAAUAUUCAGGCUGGAAUAAAUUAUAUCAAGAAGCAUCUACUUCUCUGGCAGACAGACAACAGAAGCUUGAGGAAGUAGCAGACGUAAUUGAGCGCGAUUUUGAGAUGACAGGAGCCACUGCUAUUGAGGAUAAAUUGCAGUUUGGGGUACCCGAGACUAUUGACAAACUGCGUAGAGCCGGCAUAAGGAUAUGGAUGUUAACUGGUGAUAAGAGAGAGACUGCGAUUAAUAUCGGACAUUCAUGCUCACUGAUAAAAGACUAUUCGACCGUGAUUAUCAUAAAUGCAGACUGCGACCUUCAUAAACUACUCACGAAAGCAAUGAAAGACGUUAACAAAGGCAAAGCAACACAUCCUGUAGUGGUAGUAGAUGGGACAACAUUGAUGGAGAUAGAACAGAGUGAGAGUUUAAUGGAAAUCUUUGUCGACUUGGGUAUUCUUUGUGAAGCGGUAAUCUGCUGUAGAGUCAGUCCUUGUCAGAAAGCACUUGUAGUUCGCUCGGUUCGCGAGAAAUUGCAGCAUACUGUUACGCUAGCUAUCGGUGACGGAGCCAAUGAUAUUGCCAUGAUUCAGGAAGCACAUGUAGGAAUUGGUAUCACUGGAAGGGAGGGUCUUCAAGCAGCGAGGUCUAGUGAUUAUUCAAUUGCGCAGUUCCGUUUCCUGUGUCAUUUAUUGUUUGUUCAUGGAAGAUGGUCAUACGUAAGAGUAUCAAAAUUUGUGCUUGGUACAUUCUACAAGUGCAUGUGUUUUUAUCUCACUCAGGGAUUAUUCCAAUUUUUCACGGGAUUUUCGGGAACUAGUUUGUACGAGCAGUGGACUCUAUCCUUCUAUAAUACGCUGUUCUCAUCGCUUCCUGUGAUAGUUAUUGGAAUGUUUGAGAAAGACCUUAAGAGAAAGACACUUUUAGGAGUUCCUGAACUAUACAAAAUGGGACAACGCAAUGGUGCUUUUAAUUUGAAAAUCUUCUUUUCAUGGAUGGCGGCGGCUAUAUUCCAGGCAUUUGUCGUUCUUACUAUUCCCUUCUUACUUCACGGAUAUUAUGUGGGAUACGAGAUUAGAGCAAUUGGAUCUCCACAGUUGUUUGAACUUGGCGUGACAGUGUAUACUACUAUCGUAAUACUAGUUACGUUUAAGAUUGCUUAUUUAGAGUGUCAUAAUUGGACUAUUGUCACUCAUGUGACUUCGAUGCUGACAUUGUUUGGGUGGUUCUUGUACCAGACAGUAUAUUCAUUCAUAUAUCCGGUGGCUCCGACAACGGCUGCAUAUGAUGUCAGGGGCGUUUUUGAGAAAGCAGGAACCAAGCCCGAGUUCUGGGUGACUACUAUCCUCACGUUUAGCAUAGCUAUGAUUCCCAAUUACCUAGUUAAAGUAAUCAAAGCAGUCACUCUUCCGACCGACGAUCAGAACAAUGCAGAGUCAUUUAUCGAAGUUGGGCUCGAGUUGGACAAUACAUCGCGCACUGCUCCAAGGCCAUCGAAUUUGAGCGAAGGAAAUAGUGUACCCGAAACGUAUCGUAUGGAGCUGUUUGUUCCUCGUUUGAGUACCAUUCCCCCCACACCACGAGCGAUUCCUGAUAAUGAGGAGUCGGUAUUCCAACUGACGCGCUCAUCGACUUCGCCGUCACUUUUCA